UAAGCCCCCAUAACAACUUAACCAACUAUCAAAAUUCAAGGUUCCCAAAAUGGAAAUGAAAAACACAGAUAAUGCAGCGCACAAAGAUGAAUUACCCAUGGAACCUCAAUUAGCAGAGGUCAGUUUAAGGGAUUAUCGGAACAGCAAUCAGUUGAAAUCGCUGGGUAAGGACUUUUCGUUGCCCAGGAAAAAAGGAAUGUCGUGGACACGCUCAAGGACUUCUGGGCGAAAAAAGAGCAUUAUGAUUUCAUAGUGCGGAUUGGAAAACACGAUUUUCCCUGCUAUCGUCUGGUAUUGAUGGUCGAGCUAGGAAUCGUCAGAAAGAGAAAGGACAAAUUGGAGCUACGAUUACCAGAGGAUAAGAUCUCACCGGAGACCUUUGAUCGAAUUUAUCGCUGGAUGAAUGACGAACAACCGUUGGUGAAGCGCACAGGAAUCGUGAGUCUCCUGAAAGCUGCUAAUUAUCUGCAGAUCCGCGAGUUAACCAACCAGAUCUGGGACUGCCUGAGUCACGAAAGGGAUUUCGGUGAGCACCAUGCCCUUCAGGUGGCUCUGGAUGCAUACUGCUGGAAGGAUAAGAAUCUGCAUAUCCUGAUGCUGCAGAGGAUCCAUUACUUCUUCCUCAGCUUUGUGGCCUCCGUGGAGUACCUCGCCUUGCCACUCAGCAGUUUGAGCCACGUGUUGUCCUCGAAUGAAAUAAGGGUUAAUAGUGAGGCGGAAGUUUUCUAUGCCGCCAUCCGCUGGCUCAAUCACGAGUGGCCCAGUCGCAGGAUCCACGUAGAGGAGGUGAUGCAAAUGAUUCGACUGACCAACCUGCCCAACGAACUGCUCGUCAAGAUGGAGGCGCCGGUGGGCGAUGUAAGUGUCGACCGCAUCACACGGAUGACCAAAGUGCACGAGCGCAUUAAGAAGGCCGGCUUUGACCAAAUUGUGAUGCUGUACAACGACGGGUCGCAAGUGUACGGUCAGAUUUAUGAGGUCUUCCAAGUGCGAGAGCUGCAGUCGCGGGGAUUCAUUUGCCACAACUUGGCACCUUACCACCAACCGGAUCCCAACUCAAAUGGCAAUGCUUUCAGCUACGCGGAUUUCCUUAACUAUUUGGGUGUCCUGCAGUCGCAGCCCUUGGACGCCUUGCAGGUCCUCGGAAGGCUUCCCUGAUGGCGCAAAUGGCAUCGAACCAAACCGCCUUCGUGCUCCGUCCUUCAUGACUCCCCCUUCCCCUCUGCCCGACGACCUUGAUGAUGAUGAUGAUGAUGAUGUGGCUGUGCAGCAUGACAGCGAUCGUGCUGCGUGGCAGUUACACCAAAUUUGCAUUACCUGGGCAGGUGUGUUCGCGAGGUGUUAUUGCUACUCCCACUUCUCCCACGAAAUUGAUUCCAGUCGCGUUUUCACAAGAGAGCGGUUCGAAAAGUUUAAAUACCUUGCUAACUUUUGUAUAGAUUUGUAUAUGUUGGAGUAUGUAUUAAAUGAAAUAAGUUUAAACAAUGA